AUGGACAAGAUAGAAGGACUUUUAGAUGGAGAUGCGAGCCAUGCACCUGGAAAGGGCAUUGAAGUUCAAGAAAUCGAAGAUCCUGCUAACAAAGCCCCGUUUGUUAAAGAGAUGCCAGUUUCUUCUGAAGGAAUGAUCCCACUCGAUCGCUUGAAGAAGUUUAUUGAAGGCACUAUCAAAGAUAAGUAUGAAGUCUCCACCAAGUCUUCUCAUAUGAAUGGAAAUGCCUUUGAUUGGUACACAUAUCUCGAACCUAACUCUAUUGAUAGUUGGGAGCAACUACAACAUGAGUUUCUCAAUCGCUUCUAUAGCACAAGGCGCACGGUGGGCAUGGUAGAACUCACGAAUAAUCGUCAAAGGAAGGAUGAACCGGUCAUAGAUUUCAUAAAUCGAUGGAGGAAGGCGAGCCUAAUUUUCAAGGACAGGCUUAGUGAAGCUUCUGCAAUCGAAAUGUGCAUUCAAGGAAUGCACUGGGAGCUUCUUUACAUCUUGCAAGGAAUAAAACCAAAAUCUUUCGAGGAUUUAGCUACUCGCGCUCAUGAUAUGAAGUUGAGCAUGUCAUCUGCCCGAAAAGAUAUGACUAUUGUCCAUGAUCCUCACAAAGGAAGGGACAAGCAGGAACCCAAGAGAUAG